UGGCGCGGGAGCGGCGGCGGCGGCGGCAGAGGCGGCGGCUCCGGCUCCGGCUCCGGCUCGGCUCGGCUCGGGCGGCGGUGGCGGGAGUGGGACCUGGCGGCGGCGGCGCGGGCGCGGGAGCGGCGGGGGACAUGCGGACCGACGGCCCCCGGCUAGGCGGGCGGAGUGGAGGCCCUGGUGCCCUGCCCUCAGGGCUGCUGCUCCAGCAAGAGUGACUGGUGUGAGCAGGCCGAGACCCGGUUGAUUGUCCUGGCUGUGGCUGCCCGUGGUGCCCGAGCCCUGGAUGGCCCCUAAGCCAGCCCCAGGGAGGACGAUGGUGCCCCUCGUUCCUGCACUGGUGAUGCUCGGCUUGGUGGCAGGCGCCCAUGGAGACAGCAAACCUGUCUUCGUCAAGGUUCCUGAGGACCAGACCGGGCUGUCGGGAGGGGUGGCCUCCUUCGUGUGCCAGGCCACAGGGGAGCCCAAGCCUCGCAUCACGUGGAUGAAGAAGGGGAAGAAAGUCAGCUCCCAACGCUUCGAGGUCAUCGAGUUUGACGAUGGGGCAGGGUCCGUGCUGCGGAUCCAGCCGCUGCGGGUCCAGCGGGAUGAAGCCAUCUACGAGUGCACGGCCACCAACAGCCUGGGCGAGAUCAACACCAGCGCCAAGCUGUCCGUGCUCGAAGAGGACCAGCUGCCGCCCGGGUUCCCGUCCAUCGACAUGGGGCCCCAGCUGAAGGUGGUGGAGAAGGCACGCACGGCCACCAUGCUGUGUGCGGCAGGCGGGAACCCCGACCCCGAGAUCUCGUGGUUCAAGGACUUCCUCCCCGUGGACCCGGCCACCAGCAACGGGCGCAUCAAGCAGCUGCGUUCAGGUGGUUCACCAAUCCGAGGCGCUCUGCAGAUCGAGAGCAGCGAGGAGUCGGACCAAGGCAAGUACGAGUGUGUGGCCUCCAACUCCGCCGGCACGCGCUACUCGGCCCCCGCCAACCUGUACGUGCGAGUGCGCCGCGUGGCUCCUCGUUUCUCCAUCCCCCCCAGCAGCCAGGAGGUGAUGCCGGGCGGCAGCGUGAACCUGACGUGCGUGGCGGUGGGCGCGCCCAUGCCCUACGUGAAGUGGAUGCUGGGGGCCGAGGAGCUCACCAAGGAGGACGAGAUGCCCGUGGGCCGCAACGUGCUGGAGCUGAGCAACGUGCUGCGUUCGGCCAACUACACCUGCGUGGCCAUCUCCUCGCUGGGCAUGAUCGAGGCCACGGCCCAGGUCACCGUCAAAGCACUCCCGAAGCCUCCGAUCGACCUCGUGGUGACGGAGACAACGGCCACCAGCGUCACCCUGACCUGGGACUCGGGGAACGCGGAGCCGGUGACCUACUACGGCAUCCAGUACCGCGCGGCGGGCUCCGAGGGCCCCUUCCAGGAGGUGGACGGCGUGGCCACCACGCGCUACAGCAUCGGCGGCCUGAGCCCCUUCUCGGAGUACGCCUUCCGCGUGCUGGCGGUGAACAGCAUCGGGCGCGGGCCGCCCAGCGAGGCGGUGCAGGCCCGCACGGGCGAGCAGGCGCCGUCCAGCCCGCCGCGCCGCGUGCAGGCCCGCAUGCUCAGCGCCAGCACCAUGCUGGUGCAGUGGGAGCCGCCCGAGGAGCCCAAUGGCCUGGUGCGGGGCUACCGCGUCUACUACACGCCCGACGCCCGCCGGCCGCUGAGCGCCUGGCACAAGCACAACACGGACGCCGGGCUCCUCACCACGGUGGGCAGCCUGCUGCCCGGCAUCACCUACAGCCUGCGGGUGCUGGCCUUCACCGCCGUGGGCGACGGCCCGCCCAGCCUCACCAUCCAGGUCAAGACGCAGCAGGGAGUGCCGGCCCAGCCCACGGACUUCCAGGCGGAGGCGGAGUCGGACACCAGGAUCCAGCUCUCGUGGCUGCUGCCCCCGCAGGAGCGCAUCGUCAAGUACGAGCUGCUGUACUGGGCGGACAAGGACGAGGAGCAGCAGCACAAGGUGACCUUCGACCCCACGUCCUCCUACACGCUCGAGGACCUGAAGCCCAACACGCUCUACCAUUUCCAGCUGGCCGCCCGCUCCGACAUGGGCGUGGGCGUCUUCACCCCCACCAUCGAGGCCCGCACGGCUCAGUCCACCCCCUCCGCCCCUCCCCAGAAGGUGACCUGUGUGAGCGUGGGCUCCACCACCAUCCGGGUAAGUUGGGUCCCGCCGCCCGACGACAGCCGCAAUGGCGUCAUCACGCAGUACUCGGUGGCCUACGAGGCGGUGGACGGCGAGGACCGUGAGCGGCACGUGGUGGGCGACAUCAGCCGCGAGCACUCCAGCUGGGACCUGGUGGGCCUGGAGAAGUGGACGGAGUACCGGGUGUGGGUGUGGGCCCACACGGACGUGGGCCCCGGCCCCGAGAGCAGCCCGGUGCUGGUGCGCACCGACGAAGACGUGCCCAGCGGGCCCCCAAGGAAGGUGGAGGUGGAGCCGCUCAACUCGACUGCCGUGCGGGUCACCUGGAAGCUGCCUGUCCCCAGCAAGCAGCACGGCCAGAUCCGCGGCUACCAGGUCACCUACGUGCGGCUGGAGAACGGCGAGCCCCGGGGCGCCCCCGUCAUUCAGGACGUCAUGCUGGCUGAGGCACAGUGGCGGCCAGAGGAGUCCGAGGACUAUGAGACCACCAUCAGCGGACUGACUCCCGAGACCACCUACUCUGUGACAGUGGCCGCCUACACCACCAAAGGGGACGGGGCCCGUAGCAAGCCCAAGAUCGUGACAACCACCGGGGCAGUCCCAGGCCGGCCCACCAUGAUGGUCAGUGCCACGGCCAUGAACACGGCGCUGCUCCAGUGGCACCCCCCCAAGGAGCUGCCCGGCGAGCUGGUGGGCUACCGGCUGCAGUACCGCCGGGCCGACGAGGCCCAGCCCACCACCAUCGACUUCGGCAAGGACGACCAGCACUUCACCGUCACCAGCCUGCACAAGGGGGCCACCUACAUCUUCCGGCUGGCCGCCAAGAACCGGGCCGGGCCGGGCGAGGAGUUCGAGAAGGAGAUCACCACCCCCGAGGAUGCCCCCAGCGGCUUCCCCCAAAAUCUGCGCGUGACCGGGCUGACCACGUCCACCACGGAACUGGCCUGGGACCCGCCGGUGCUGGCCGAGAGGAACGGCCGCAUCAUCCGCUACACGGUGGUGUACCGGGACAUCAACAGCCAGCAGGAGCUGCACAAUGUCACCACCGACCCCCACCUGACUCUGCUCGACCUCAGGCCGGACACCACGUACGACAUCAAGGUCCGCGCGCACACGAGCAGGGGCGCCGGCCCCCUGAGCCCCAGCAUUCAGUCUCGGACCGCGGCCCUGGAGCCAGUGUUUGCCAAGAACUUCCACGUGGCAGCAGCAAUGAAGACAUCGGUGCUGCUCAGCUGGGAGGUGCCCGACUCCUACAAGUCGGCCGUCCCCUUCAAGAUCCUGUACAACGGGCAGAGCGUGGAGGUGGACGGACACUCGAUGCGGAAGCUGAUCGCGGACCUGCAGCCCAACACCGAGUACUCGUUCGUGCUGAUGAGCAGAGGCAGCAGCGCGGGGGGCCUGCAGCACCUGGUGUCCAUCCGCACGGCCCCCGACAUCCUGCCGCACAAGCCGCUGCCCGCCUCGGCCUACAUCGAGGACGGCCGCUUCACGCUGUCCCUGCCGGCCGUGCAGGAGCCGGCGCUUGUCAGGUGGUUCUACAUCGUGGUGGUGCCCAUCGACCGCGUGGGCGGGAGCAUGCUGGCGCCUCGAUGGACCACCCCUGAGGAGCUGGAGCUGGAGGAGCUUCUGGAGGCCAUCGAGCAGGGCGGCGGGGUGCGGCGGCGGCGGCGGCGGCGGCAGGCCGAGAGGCUGAAGCCCUACGUGGCCGCGCAGGUGGACACGCUUCCCAAGACCUUCACGCUCGGGGACAAGAAGAGUUACCAGGGCUUCUACAACCGGCCCCUGUCCCCAGACCUGAGCUACCAGUGCUUCGUGCUCGCCUCGCUCAAGGAGCCUGUGGACCAGAAACGCUACACCUCCAGCCCCUACUCCGACGAGAUCGUGGUCCAGGUGACACCAGCCCAGCAGCAGGAGGAGCCCGAGAUGCUGUGGGUGACGGGGCCCGUCCUGGCAGUCAUCCUCAUCAUCCUCAUCGUCAUUGCCAUCCUCCUGUUCAAGAGGAAAAGGACCCACUCGCCGUCUUCCAAGGACGAGCAGGCGAUCGGACUGAAGGACUCGCUGCUGGCCCACUCCUCCGACCCCGUGGAGAUGCGGAGGCUUAAUUACCAGACCCCAGGUUCCAGUGCCCCCAGUUGCCCGAAUAUCUCAAGUAUGCGGGACCACCCCCCCAUCCCCAUCACUGACCUGGCCGACAACAUCGAGCGCCUCAAAGCCAACGACGGCCUCAAGUUCUCCCAGGAGUACGAGUCCAUCGACCCCGGGCAGCAGUUCACCUGGGAGAACUCAAACCUGGAGGUGAACAAGCCCAAGAACCGCUACGCUAACGUCAUUGCCUACGACCACUCCCGCGUCAUCCUGGCCUCCAUCGACGGUGUCCCGGGGAGCGACUACAUCAACGCCAACUACAUCGACGGCUACCGCAAGCAGAACGCCUACAUCGCCACGCAGGGCCCGCUGCCCGAGACCAUGGGCGACUUCUGGAGGAUGGUGUGGGGACAGCGCACGGCCACCAUCGUCAUGAUGACACGGCUGGAGGAGAAGUCCCGGGUGAAAUGCGACCAGUACUGGCCGGCCAGAGGCACGGAGACCUAUGGCCUCAUCCAGGUGACGCUGCUGGACACAGUGGAGCUGGCCACGUACACAGUGCGCACCUUCGCGCUCCACAAGAGCGGCUCCAGUGAGAAGCGGGAGCUCCGGCAGUUCCAGUUCAUGGCCUGGCCGGACCACGGGGUUCCCGAGUACCCGACCCCCAUCCUGGCCUUCCUGCGGCGGGUCAAGGCCUGCAACCCGCUGGACGCGGGGCCCAUGGUGGUGCACUGCAGCGCUGGCGUGGGCCGCACGGGCUGCUUCAUCGUCAUCGAGGCCAUGCUGGAGCGGAUGAAGCACGAGAAGACGGUGGACAUCUACGGCCACGUGACGUGCAUGCGGUCCCAGCGCAACUACAUGGUGCAGACCGAGGACCAGUACGUGUUCAUCCACGAGGCCCUGCUGGAGGCGGCCACGUGCGGGCACACGGAGGUGCCCGCCCGCAGCCUCUACGCCCACAUCCAGAAGCUGGGCCAAGUGCCUCCCGGGGAGAGCGUGACCGCCAUGGAGCUCGAGUUCAAGCUGCUGGCCAGCUCCAAGGCCCACACCUCCCGCUUCAUCAGCGCCAACCUGCCCUGUAACAAGUUCAAGAACCGCCUGGUGAACAUCAUGCCCUACGAGCUGACCCGCGUGUGCCUGCAGCCCAUCCGCGGCGUGGAGGGCUCCGACUACAUCAACGCCAGCUUCCUGGACGGCUACAGACAGCAGAAGGCCUACAUAGCCACUCAGGGGCCUCUGGCCGAGAGCACCGAGGACUUCUGGCGCAUGUUGUGGGAGCACAAUUCCACCAUCAUCGUCAUGCUGACCCGGCUCCGCGAGAUGGGCAGGGAGAAGUGCCACCAGUACUGGCCAGCAGAGCGCUCUGCUCGCUACCAGUACUUUGUCGUUGACCCGAUGGCUGAGUACAACAUGCCCCAGUACAUCCUGCGGGAGUUCAAGGUCACGGACGCCCGGGACGGGCAGUCGCGGACAAUCCGGCAGUUCCAGUUCACGGACUGGCCGGAGCAGGGCGUCCCCAAGACAGGCGAGGGCUUCAUCGACUUCAUCGGGCAGGUGCACAAGACCAAGGAGCAGUUCGGGCAGGACGGGCCCAUCACGGUGCACUGCAGUGCUGGCGUGGGCCGCACGGGGGUGUUCGUCACGCUGAGCAUCGUGCUGGAGCGCAUGCGCUACGAGGGCGUGGUGGACAUGUUCCAGACGGUGAAGACCCUGCGCACGCAGCGCCCGGCCAUGGUGCAGACGGAGGACCAGUACCAGCUGUGCUACCGCGCGGCCCUGGAGUACCUCGGCAGCUUCGACCACUAUGCAACGUAACUACCGCUCCCCUCCCCCGCGGCCCCGCAGGGCUGCCGAGGGGACCCCGCUCCUCUGAGCCAUACCACCAUCGUCCAGCCCUCCUGCACGGACGCUGCGGCCGGCCGGCAGAGCACAGCCCGCUGGGCUCACACCCAUGUUUCAGGAACACCGAGCACCAACCCGCCCGGGCGGGCGCCAGGCCCCGGGCCCCUGCCUCUCACGCUUCUUCUCAUGGGGUGGGGAGGGGGCAACACCUUUUUUUAUACGUUAGGUGGGAUAGACCGAGGGCUUCUAGCCUCUUCCCUCUGAGUUUUCCUCUUGCAAAAUCUCUUAACUGCAGAAUGGGCCUGGGCGGGGCGGGGGUUGGGGUUUCGUUUGUCUUUUCCAGUUCCCUUGGGACCCUCUUUUUUGUAUGACUGCUGGCGGAGGGCGGAGCCGGGCCGGCAGGUCCUCAGAUCCCGUUUCAGCCACACGCAGGGAACCACGUUGCUCCCCUCCCAGUCUUGUUUUGUUUUCCCUUCCCAGCCUUUUUUUAGGCCCCCGCAGACAGUGGUGGGCGGGGAGGCACCGGGACACACUCCUCCCCCGUGUCUGUCGCCCCGGCAGGCGGGCGGGCGAGCCGCGUUCACAGCCCAGAACCACGGCCGGGUCUGGGGAGCCUGGCAAGGCAUUCCUCAUCACCAUUGUGUUUGCAAAGGUUAAGACACACACGCAAAAACAAAACUAAACAAAAAAACGUCAAAAAGAAAAAGAAAAAAAAAGUCAUCCCGGGCCCCGGCUUCCCGCUCGUGAGGGGGGAGACGGCUCCUGUGCCGGGCCUCCCCCGGCGUGGCCACGGCGUGCCGUGGCCAGGUGUGGGCCCUGCCCACACACUCAGGGCCAAGCAGGGGUGCGCGUGGCGUGCCCGUCAGGUCCAGGCCAGUGGGCCUGGGAGCACACGUCUGACCUCAGCGCGGGGCCAGAUUGUUUCCCUCCCCCGUUUGCAGCUGUUCUCAAAGCCCCCCCAAAGCGAGCUCCAUCCACGCCUCCAGCACACCGGCCUGGCCGCAGUCCGGGUACCGGCUGGGCGGGGCCAGGGCCACGGUGUCUUGCUCCAGGCCACACUGGGGAGGGGGCAGGGCGGGAGGGAUGUGGGGAGCCAGGGCCCCCGGAAGAUCCACAAUCCAGGGUUGGCAACGUUGGAUGAAACUUUCAUUUUUACCUUGUGAUGCCAGUGCUGUAGAGUCCACUGUUGUACACAGUCUGUUUUCUAUUUGUUAAGAAAACUACAGCAUCAUUGCAUCGUUCUUGACGGUAAUAAAUUUGAAUAAUCAGAUUUCUUACAAA